CUCAUAUUCCACUAUGACCUAUGUCCAACUUGAGCUGCUGACGUUAGACGAUGAGGUGUUCUUGCACAAUAUCCGACGAGGCAUGCGUCCUCCCAUCGAGACACACGGGCGGUGUCGACAAGUCAUGCGUCAACCACAAGAUGACCCACAGCGGUGCCGACAAGACAUGCGCCAUACCAGCUACAACAACGGUCGGUGCCGACGAUGCAUGCGUUAACCUAACGAUGACCACACGGGGACCCACGGGCGGUGCCGAUGAGGCAUGCGUCCUUCUCAGCGGGACAAACGGUCGGUGCCGACAAGGCAUGCGUCAAUGCAGCAAGGACCCUAGCGAAGACAACAGCAAAGACCCUAGCGAAGUCCACAGCAAAGUCUACAAGAUACCACAGCAGAGACCCAAGAGAAGUUCACAGCAAAGACUACAAGAGACCACAGCGAUGACUCCAGCGAAGAUCACGCACACCAUAGCACCGAUGACCACCCCAUAGAAACGCAGCAACAAAGGUACUCUGACGUUCACAGCACAACGUGGCAACGAUGACCCCAGUAGCAAAGAUGACCACAUGACGACGAGCCAAUCAAGUAACAGCGGCAGUGACGCCAGCGUCAGCAUCAACGCGAAUGCCGAUGCAUAAUAGUUCUGCUGUUCAGUAUACUGUACACCAGCGGUGGGCAAGCUGCGACGCGU